AUACAGAGAUACCUACCCAGUAGCUUUCAGAUUGCUCAUUGAGGAUGCCUACUUUACACGAUGUGCAUGUAUGCCUAUCUUGCUGAAUUCUUACAUUCCCCGCGCCCAACUCACAGUCUGACUAUCGCUGGCCUGAUCCCGAUUCCAGUUUCUGUGCCACUGCCUUCUCUCGUUGCACGUCGCAUCCACAAAGAAAAAGAUGCAGCCCAGCGAGGUCGAGGCGAUCAGCUCUUUCUUCAGUGACGCCCUCGGCUCCCCCCGAACGAUGCGCAGUGGUGCGCCCACGCCGCCGCCGCUGUCGGCCUCCGUGCGGCUCCCGGUACCCUCAUGGGAUGAACCGGAGGUCAUCCUAUACGCAUCGCACAUCCCGACCACCUACGAAAUGGACAUCGACAGCCGCCCGCCUGAGCCCGACGUGACCCCGCAUCGCGAAUGCCAGCAGCCAGUAGCAGCAGCAGCAGCAGCCAUCAAUCUCACCGGUCCGGCCCAGCAGCCAGUAGCAGUAGUAACCAACAGUCUCACCGAUCCCGCCGGACCGAUCGACAAACGAACGUUCUCGACCUUGGCUACUGCUGCUGGUAGUAGUAGCCGCAGUAACAGCAGCAGUGGCGGCAUCAGAAGCAGCAGCAUGAGGCAGGAAGUCCGGCUGACCUGCGCGCAGGUCGAGCAGAUCCACGCUACCAAGGAGGUGUUGAUGGCGCAGCAGACCGAGAUCGCGGGCCUGCGGACCAAUAUUCAGGAGAUCCACGCUGAGAUGCGGCGGGAGCGGCUCGAGGCAGAGAGGAAGGUGAGGAAGCACAUGAUCUCGGGGUGGAUGACCACUGAUGUUGAUGCGGAUGGCGAUGCCCGGGUUGUUUAUGAUACCUAUCGUGAUGGUGCUUGGACGCCGGCAUUAAUGAAGGUGGGUUUGCUCCCUGCAGAGCUGGAGGCGGAGUACGAACGUACCGAUGGGGCGUUGACGGAGCGGGAGAACCAGCUGGUCCAGUCGAUGGAGGACUUUGCGGGCCUGCUGGAUCAGCUGCGCGGGUCUUUUUCCAGAGGCGUUCUCACGGAGGAGGACUAUGAGGGCGCCGCUAUGGGGAAUGACGGAGCUGAGGGGCUUCUGGGUCGCAGCGAGCAUGCUUUGAAGGCGUUCUCCCAGUCUGCAGCCGCACAGAGGCUGCGAGAGCUGCGGGGUCAAUUGGUCGAACUUGACGGGCAAUUGGUCUCGAUCGUGGAGCUCCAGAAUAUUGAAAAUCCCUUGGUCUCAGACAGAGGGCUCGACAGGGAUGCGAUGGAUUUUCUGCGAACCUACGAUGAAAGACGGAUGAAUCUGUUUCAUGAGUACCGGGCCAGACUGUCGGAUCUUGAGACCCUCACGGAAGGGCAUGGCGAUACGCUGCAGCCGUCCUCCUGUGAGCUCAAACAGAGCAGCAUCUUUGAGCCGGUGCUGAUACCGAGCUCGCCGUCGAAAGUCUUCGUCAACCAGUGGCUUCUGUUCCAGCUGAGGACGUCGUCCUUGGAAGAGGCGCGCAUCCGCUCGCUCCCGGAGUGGGAGACACUGCGUGGCCAAGGGUGGACCAACGCCGGCAUCAGACGCCUGGCGCUCACGCUCUGGUUCUCGGAUGACACCGUCCUGCCGUACAGAGAUUCCAAGACCCCAAGUCAGUCCUUCAAUUUGAGCGAGAUCCCCAGCAUUGACUUCGGGGUCAGUCCGAGGAAGAGACGAGCCAGAUCCACCGGCUUGCAGGACCUGGAAACUCAGAGGGAAUCUACGCAGUCUCCGGUCAAGUUUGGUCGUUAUGAUACCACUUAGAACAACCCCUUCCUUUCAGGUUAUUGUUUUGCCUCGGUGCAGACUGAGUUUGGAUUUGUAUCCCUUAUUCGCUGUGGGCGGGACGACUUUGGAUUCUUGCAUGCGGAAUUAAUAUGUAGCGUUUGUAUGAUAUCGAUGGUUUGGCCUGAUCCGCUUGCAGUCUCGUUACCUUCGUUAUUGAUUUAGACGAUAGCUUGGAAAUCGAGACGAUGUCUUCAUAGUUUUGCCUAUUGGUCGUUUGAUUGUCGCUGUCGCUGUCAUGGUGGAGCAGCAUGGUGCGCAGACUGUGUCGAAUCCGAUCCAUUAUUCGAUGUGACUAUUUGGUAUCCAGCACAGGUAGUAUUGAGCUCGGCUUGAGCCUUGUUGACCAUAUUCACGCUGUUAUUAG